AACCAGUUCACCUAUCACCUGACCCAAAACACAGUACAAUAACUACAAUGACAGAGAAACUAAAACAGGUAAACUACUACUUGAUUUAGGAAAAAUGUAAUAGGAUAUUAGGACUAAGGUGUCAAAAUACACAUGUUUUAAGCGUUUUCUGCAACACACCACAGCUCAGAAUAGUUCACAGUUAACGGAUAACUUACAUUUAAUUUACCCUCAGUAGUCCAUCAGUAGUUCAUGUUAGCAAUCCUGAAGCAAAUUGUAGACCAAUAAGCCUAAUAUCCAACUCAGACAAAUUAAUUCCUGUAUUAGUCCUAUAUGCUAAAACUUCCCCAUAAACAUGUAAAACUUUAAUACCUGAACAAACAGCAAACAUUAUACAGAAUUUUAAAAGCUGUUUCUGCAAAACUUACAUUUAAUUCAAAAACAGUAGUGAUUAUCCAUUAAAAAGGAACAAAAUGGCACAUUGUGUAUCCAAGAACAUAAAAUCCUAAGAAAAAACAUCCCCUUUUAAAACAGCAUACAAUGAUAAAUCCAGGACUGUCCCAGCACCUUUUGGUACAGGGACCGGGUAAAAGGAAAAAGUAAAAGUAGGGGUUUAUAGUUUUUCUUGCAAAAUACUUAGUAAAUUGCCUCGAACGACUUCUACAUAUCACCCCCUGGGAAGACCUGCACAAUCCAUAGCAUCCUCAACUCCCUGGGGAGCAUACAAGCAGAGCUGCCAAAUUAUGGCGCGCAAUUUCUUUUCCAUUCACAAAGCCAGCUCGUAUCAUGUCAUGUGACAGGUACCCAUAUUAACCCCUGGCCUGGGUAGAGAGAGGGCACAAGUAGAGUAAAGUAACUUGUCCAAGGUUCCAAUGAUACCGUGAUAGCGACAGACCAGAUUCAAACCCGGGGCCAUCGUGUCCAAAUCAGUCGACGCUAUCAAAAGCCCCAACACUAACUUAAUUCAUCACCAUAAUCACUUAAUUCUGUUGAUGCUUUAGACCAUAAGCAUACUACAGCUUUUCUUGUCACUAUGAAAGUUGAUUUGAAUUCCACAAUUCAGAAUUGCAAAAACAACUUCACUCAAUCUAAUUCCACCCAGCUUCCUUUGACUCUAACAUUGUCUAACUCACAAUUUAAAAUUGUGACAUGUGUGGGUUAUAUGUGUUUAAAAUGUAUGAGGGGAAUUCCAAUAUUCAGUCCAAGAUCCACUCCUAAAUUUUUGUUGGCUGUACAUGUCAAAAAACAAAUUAAACCAAUCAAGGUCAGUAAACAUAGUUGACAAAUUCAACUUGUGUUGUUGACACUAAACGCGAAAAAUAACCAAUAUAUGGACUAUACAUGAUAUUAUUGGAUUAAUUGCUGCCCUACACAACUACAUUACAAUGUUUGAGUUCUGGUUGUUGAAUGUAUCGAUAUGGAAGAACGAAAAGAACACGGAAAAGAAAACAAACCAGAGAGGGGGGAAUCUUCGUGUCAACAGAACUCAUUUCUUUAUGCAAAUGGAUGAAAGUGGAAUCCAACAAGCAUGGCUUCCGAUGGAAAUGUCAUUUAUGUCCAGCCCAUUUCUCAGAUACUGGGAGGGGCAUGAUGACAAAGAGUCGUCUGUUUCCCGGUGACCUUCUUAUAUCCAUACCCAGACCAUUACUGAUCACCGUGGAAACAGUUCUGUCCUCAGAAAUAGGGGAACAAGUCAAAUGUAAAAAUGUAAAGUUUACCAGACAACAGCUGCUCUCUCUCUUUCUCCUUCAAGAAAAAAACAAGGGAAGCAACUCUUUCUGGCAUCCCUACAUUUCUGUUCUCCCUAAGACUCUUGAAACAUUUGGAAAUUUCUCACCAAGGGAGAUGACUCUGUUUCCACCAAGGCUUCAAAUUGCUGUGAAGUGUAGAAUGGCAGACAUGAAGCAGGCAUAUAUGGAAGUGAGAAACUUUUGGUCAGGAGAGGAAAUUGAGUACAGCCAAUUUUUGUGGGCAUGGUUUUGUGUAAAUUCUCGCUCUGUGUUCUACCGGUCAGCAGGGUCAGAGUUUGUGAGAGAGGACGGGAACCACUUGGCACUGGCUCCAUACCUGGAUCUGCUGAACCACUCAGUGGGGGCUCAGACAAUUGGUUUGCUCUAUGGAAGGUAUGUCCUGGAACCUACUCUUGGUCACAAGAAUUUUAGCCAUGAACUGGACAGAGCUGUAAGGCCUUUAAUUGUCCUUAAAGGUGUCUUAAUAUCUUGAGAACCUUGCAGAAUUGAAUAUCUCAUAUUUUUUUUCUGUGACAGAUGUAAACUGUAUAAAAAAAUGAUAAAAAUCCCAUACUCAUAAUUUUAUAUUCUCACAAUUUGAUACAAAAAGACGUCAUUGUGACAAUCACUGUUCAUAUCGAACACACCCGAUUUUAUUUUUCCCAUAAUUCUUUGCAACGUGCUUGGCCGACCCUAACAAUAGGCGCUAAGAUAUACCCGGCCGAGCUGUCCAGCGAUUAAGAUGUGCUUAGUGUAUGAAGGGGGUAUCGUGUUAGAAGCCUGUGUGGCAUGUUUUAGUUUCACAAGUUCAGCAUUUGACGCGGACACGGAUAGCUGACCGUGGUAAGUAUUUAUUUAGUUUGGUGUAGUUUAUUUGUAAAUUUUUGUCUUUUUAUUAGUAUUACGCAGUCGUCCUAUAAAGUCACCUUGACCAUUGUUCACUGUAGAGUUACCUGUGUGUUCACUGAUGUGUGACUUUAGCGAGAGUGUUUAAAUGGAAUUCGUCUUUUUCUAUAAUACAGUUUUUGUUAUUGCUGUAUAAAGAAACGGUGAUUUAAAGGGCUAUUUUCUAUGCGUUAUUUUAUUUUACAAUUUAUUGUCACUUUUUCCACUUAACUACUUGGGCGGAAGUGCGUCACCGGAAGUCUCAGACGCCAUAUUGUUUACUGUAAACAAAUAACUUAGUUACCAUAUACUUACAAUAUUUUGAGAUGUUGCCUUUAAUAUAAUACUAUUUAUACAUUAUCAUAGUUUGAUACUAUCAGUGAGAUACUUAUAUGAUGUAUUAUACAAUAUUGUUUUUAUUAUGGUGUUAUGGUGUCACUUGUACACUUAUUGUAGUGUCAUAUUGUUGAUGUUGAUGACGACAAUGGUGAUGUCGAUGACGAUGUGAUGGUGAUGUCGAUGACUACGAUGAUGAUGAUGGUCAUGUCGAUGAUGAUGGUGUAGAUGAUGUCGUUCAUGGUGACGUCGGUGAUGAUUAUGAAGUAGAUGAUUAUGGUGAUGACGAUGAUGUCUUUUAUGAUUAUGGUGUUGUAGUUGAUGAUGUUGACGAUAGUGGUGAUGAUGAUGAUUGUGGUGACGAAACUACUCUAGUUGUGGUUGUCCGUAGUUGGUCCAGGACUACAGCCCCGGAGAUUCGGACACUCUUCUAAUUUAUUUUUGGUCAUUUGUAUAAACAUCAUAUUUUUUCUUGUUGAGUGAAAGGUGUGUGAGUGUUUGUGUGGUUUAGUGUUUAUAUUUCUAUCUUUUCUUUCUUUCUCUUAUUUUUUUUGUUAUUAAAUUUUGUUAAAUUUAA